CGCAACGACUCAAGAGAGUGGAGGAGUGGAGGAAGGAGGAUGAUGGGAGCGAAUAUAAUCCCCCUUAAGUGACCCAUAUUUUACAGUAGACCUAAAUAUUAUCUAGGCUAGUUCUAGUUCUCGAGGAUUUUUCUCCACCAAGAUGUCGGCGUCGGCGAUAUUUAUCCUCGACCUGAAGGGAAAGGUGCUAAUCUGUCGUAACUACAUGGGGAACAUGGACAUGAAUGAGAUUGACCAUUUUAUGCCCAUCCUGAUGAAGAGAGAAGAGGAUGCGGAGAUGACACCUCUGGUCACCCACGGCUCCUCGCACUUCCUGUGGAUCAAGCACAGCAACCUCUACUUGGUGGCGAUGACGAAGAAGAACGCCAAUGCUGCCCUGGUGUACUCGUUUCUUUAUAAAAUUGUCCAGGUAUUUAAGGAGUACUUUAAGGAACUUGAGGAGGAAAGUAUUCGUGACAACUUUGUGACGGUGUAUGAGCUGAUGGACGAAGUGAUGGACUUCGGUUUCCCACAAACAACUGAUAGCAAGAUCCUACAAGAGUACAUCACCCAGCAGGGUCAUAAAUUAGAGGUUGGGGCUCCUCGACCUCCCGCCACUGUCACCAAUGCUGUGUCUUGGCGGUCAGAAGGCAUCAAGUACAGGAAGAACGAAGUUUUCAUGGAUGUCAUCGAGUCAGUAAAUCUACUGGUCAGUGCCAAUGGCAGCGUCCUGCGGAGUGAAAUAGUGGGCACCAUCAAGCUCAAAGUGGUCCUGUCGGGGAUGCCUGAGCUCAGACUGGGCCUCAAUGACAAAGUGCUGUUUGAAAUCACAGGCAGAGAGAAGAGUAAGACAGUGGAGCUGGAGGAUGUGAAGUUUCAUCAGUGUGUCCGUCUGUCACGCUUCGAGAACGACCGCACCAUCUCUUUCAUCCCCCCUGACGGCGAGAGCGAGCUCAUGUCCUACCGUCUCAACACUACAGUGAAGCCUCUCAUAUGGAUUGAGAGCGUGAUUGAAAAGUUCUCUCACAGUCGUGUGGAGAUCAAGGUGAAGGCUCGGAGUCAGUUUAAGAGCCGCUCCACUGCCAACAAUGUGUCCAUUCUGGUGCCAGUGCCCAGUGAUGCUGACUCACCCAAGUUCAAGACCAGCACAGGCAGCGCCAAGUGGGUGCCCGAGAAGAGCGUGGUGCAGUGGAACAUCAAGUCCUUCCCUGGUGGUAAGGAGUACAUGAUGCGGGCACACUUUGGGCUACCCAGUGUGGAGAGCGAUGAGCUGGACGCAAAGAGACCAAUCACAGUGAACUUUGAGAUCCCUUAUUUCACCGUGUCUGGGAUCCAGGUACGUUACCUUAAGAUCAUAGAGAAGAGCGGUUACCAGGCAUUACCCUGGGUGCGCUACAUCACGCAAAGUGGAGAUUACCAGCUCCGGACAAACUAAAGGGCACAGAUGCUGCUAGACGAAUGGAUAUUUUUUCUCUCUCUGUCUGUCUUCCUCUCCCUCUCCUCUCUUCAUUUCUUUGGCUCCCUGUCUGCAAUGGACAACAGAGGACAGGCGCAGGAGGACACAUGAAAUUGUUCCAUAGUAAGACAACCCUUUCCUUAGGACGGAAAAGGCUGUUACAUCACCUCUGACCUGUGAUUUUUUUAAGGGCUCCUCAGGACUCCAGCAAAAGGUUUUAAUAUGUGAAUAAUGAACUGAUAACUUUGGCUUCCGGCAAGCUCUCAUUUCGGGGUUAAUUAAGAAAAGAAUUGGGAGAAAAAUACUUUACUUUUUAUCAUGAUUUCUUCUGAAAGACAAAAUUUUGAAAUAUUAUGAAAUAUAGAAUUUGGAGAACUGCCUUUUCUGGGUACUUGGCUUGUCCACUGAGAUGUGUAGCUUUCUACUGUUUAACAUGUAAACCAAACAUUGUGUAGUGCCAAUAUAGAGUAAGUGUGAUGGGUCAUUGUUUAUUUCUCAAAGGGCCAUAAUAUUGCAGACUGAUUUCUCUGAAAGAAAGGUGUGCCACGUCCUCAUCAAAUUUGAUCCUUUUCUUUAAGCAUAGUUAUUGCUUUAUGCAGAAUUUUAACCUCUACAUCACGUUUGGGCACAUCUGUCAGCAUCUUUAACUGUGCUGGUUUUUUACUCCUCAUAUGUUUUGUCCUUAAUAACCACUUUAUGAUCCAUAUAAAGUACAUUUUAACUCUGUUGUUAAUCUCCAUCCCUCUCAAAGGCAUAUGUUUUGCCAGAAACUCGAUAUUAUAUAUUCAUUGCCUUAAAAAAUUGCCUAUGUAUCAUCACCUUUAGCACUGUGAACAUAAUCCCCAGUGCACUGAAUCUAACACCAGCGACCAGAUCAAUGAUUAAUAAGGCACAAUAUUGUCAGAGGCGUUGGCAGUGUAACAUAAUGCCGUCAACGCGCUCCCACGGGGCCUGUAACCUUGUCCUUGUGCUCAAAAUCAGCUUGCAGCUUUGAAGCAGAGAGUGGAGGAAAGAGCACGAUGCAGAUAUUUUUUUGUCAUAUUUCUAUCUGUUGUUUAUCCUUUACUAGUCAGUCCCCUGUGGGAAACUGAAGGACAGAACAAGGGGUUGAGGAGGGGGGAGCAGGACAAAGGUAAAAUAACCUGCAGGGAUUUCUUUGCAGAAUCUAAGAAUAUUGACAAUAUGUUGAGGUAAUUGUUUUUCAGUGACUUUUUGGUUUGUUUGGUUUUUUUUUUAUAUGUCAGCCUCUGCAGGCCGAUAUGCUACUUCAGAGCAGUUUGUGGUGUUAUUCACUCCCUCUGUUGUGCAUGCAUCGCACCACAUCAGUUCAGCUGCAGUGCCACCAGCAAAGAAGAGAGUCCUGCAUCCACUUACUGCAUCUCUGCUGUUGAGUUCAAAACCUUUUACAAUCAUUCCAUUUUCUGUUGUGGGGACAUUUUUCUGACACCAAUGAGGAUUGAUAGUGUGUGUGUGUGUGUGUGUGUGUGUGUGUGUGUGUGUGUGUGUGUGUGUGUGUGUGUGUGUGUGUGUGUGUGUGUGUGUUAAUUUAUCACCUACUGUUUGUUGAUAGGAAGCAAAGGGAUAUAUUUGGAAAUAAACCAUUUUUUGUAUCUUG